AUGGCAACCACUUUUCCGCAAUUCGAAUAUGCACCGCAGAAGACAUCAUGGCUGAAGCGCGAUGUGCUGCUCUUUGCAAACACCAUUGGUUGCCAGCCGAAUAGGGAGCUUCAUUUCCUCUAUGAACUACAUCCUAACUUCCAAACUUUCCCUACAUAUCCCAUCGUGCUAACUUUUAAACACACGGACAUUGACACUGUUGACUUCCUCGCGCGGAAUGCAUCACGCGCUCUGCCUCCGGGCUGCCCAAGGCUAGACUGGGGCGUAGCCGUCGACGGUGGACGCGGGAUGACAUUCUUGCGACCUUUGCCUCCAUCAAGCGAGGGGAGAACUUGGGAGAUCCAUUCUAAAGUGCUAAAUGUCUUUGAUAAGGGGCCAGGAAAAGGAACAGUAUUGGAGAUUGAGCAUGCUCUGAAGCAGAAGGAGAGCGGGGAGGCGUAUACUCGCUCUUGGGAAAGUGUGUUAUUUAAAGGGACUGGAGGUUGGGGUGGGGAGCGGGGCCCCAAAAUUACACGGUAUCCUCCCCCAAGUCCAACAAGAAAGCCGGACGCGGUAUCGAUUUUCCAAACACACGCGGAAACAGCACAUCUCUACCGCCUUAGUGGUGAUUAUAAUCCGCUUCAUGCCACUCCGGAGCCUGGGAAAGCUCUAGGCUAUGAAGGAGUAAUUAUGCAUGGCCUGUUCAGCUGGAAUGUUGCUGCCCAAAGAGUUCUCUCUCGAUAUGGUCACAGCGACGGCCCACGUCUGCGUGACUUUGAGGCAAGAUUUGCUGCGCCGGUAAAACCGGGAGAUAAAUUGGAUAUCCUCAUGUGGGAUAUGGGAGUGUCGAAUAGAGGAGUGGGUAUAUGUCAAGAAAACGAGACGCUACGUGAAGUGCGAUUCGUGGUGAAGGUUGGAGAAACUGUUGUAUUAUCUGAUGGGAGAGCGUUGUUGACCAAUAAUGAAGACUCUGCUGAUUGCAAGUUAUGA